AUGUCUAUUUUUGGAUCUGUAAUUGGUGGUUGUUAUACAGUUCUUAAUAGAUAUUGUGCAUUAGUAUAUCCAAUUUUUUUUCGUCAAAAAUGGUCAAAAAAUAUUUCAUAUGCUUUGAUAAUACUUCAAAUUAUUUUACCAAUUACUUGUUUUUUACAAAAUACAUUUGUUCCAACUAAAAUUAUUUAUGUUCCAGAAUUUCAAAUUUAUACAUUUACAAUAGUAUCAGAUCAUGUAAGUCAACUUAAUAAUUUUAUUUUAGCAUUUGGAACAGGAACUGUAUGUUUAAUUACAUUUUCAUGUAAUAUUAUUAUAUGUUACAAAUAUACAAAAUUAUUUCAUGGAUUAAAUAAAAAUGAACGAUCCAAAAAAACAUCUAUUUUUUUUUAUUCAAUAGCAACAACAUUAUGUUUGUUUUUAUUAUUUCUUGAACAAGUAAUUAGAUAUAUAUUUGGUAUAAAUAAAAAUAAAAAUGGAAUAUAUAUGUUGACAUAUGUUUUAUAUUGGAUUUUACCAAUUUUUACUUGUCUUCAACCAAUAAUUAUUCUUGUUAUAUCAAAAGAUAUAAGAAAAAAAUUUUUAAAAGAAUAUUUUUGUUGUAUUAUACCAGAAAAAUAUUUUGAAAGCAAUAAUAAUGUAAUUCCUAUGGUUCCUACUAUAAAUAAGAAGCAUAUUUUAACUACAAUUGAAUAA